UCUCCGUAUCUCCUCGUGAAAUGACCCUGUACGUACAUUUACCCUAUUGAAUAUACAAUCUUGUCUCACUUUUAUCUUCGUUCGAUCAUCAUCGUUAUUAUCAAUGGAGAGAGCGAGUUUCAGAACCAACGUCCUAACCAGACACCUCCUCAAUCAACAAAACCCAAAUCUCGACGAUGAUGAUGUCCUACUCCAAUCCUCGCCGUGCAUCAGCUACACGCCGGCGGAGGCAUCCGAACCGGCGGCGCGUUUCGACGUGUUCGAGAUGCGGAAGUUGAUGGACGGACACAAUUUGCAGGAGAGGGACUGGCUGUAUGGGGUGAUGAUACAGAGCAAGGUGUUCAACCCUAGAUCAAUGGGCGGUAGAGUGCAUGUCGGGGCGGAUUAUAACCAGGCAAUGGAACAGCAGAGGGAGAUGACGAUGAGGAGAAUUGAGUACCUGUCGGAUUGUGGGGUGUUUCGAGGAUGGCUGACGGAGAAUGAUCAGGCGGAAGCUGAGUUGAGGAAGGUUGCUCUUUGUGAAGUUAUUGCCAUUUUUGACUUCUCAUUGGCUAUCAAGAUUGGUGUUCAAGUCUUUCUCUGAGCAUGUCGGAGAUGUAAAUCAUCUCCUCUCAAGCUCCUACACUAUCGCGAGACCCGAUCUUCUUCUCAAACUUUACCCCUAUGACAAACCAUUGU